AUGAGUCCAGCAGAAGACCCAGAGCCCAUAGCAAUGCCUCUCUCAAGUCCAGUUGGAGGCUUAGAGCCUGACAAUGUCCCACACAGAGACACACUUCAUGGAUCUGAACUGGAAAGGCCCAAAGCAAAUUAUAGAUCUAGGAUUCAUUCCCCCAUGUACUUCUUCAUUGGAAACCUGUCCUUCCUGGACCUCUGGUAUGCUUCUGUCUAUGCCCCUAAAAUCCUAGUGACCUGCAUCUCUGAGGACAAAAGUAUCUCCUUUGCAGGCUGCAUGGCUCAGUUCUUCUUCUCCGCUGGACUGGCCUACAGUGAGUGCUACCUGCUGGCCGCCAUGGCCUACGACCGCUACGUGGCCAUCUCCAAACCCUUGCUGUAUUCCCAGGCCAUGUCCCCAAGGCUAUGUGUCAGUCUUGUCACAGCUUCCUACCUGGGGGGCUUUGUAAACUCCACUAUUAUCACCAGUGAGACAUUCACUCUGAGCUUCUGUGGUGACAACAUCAUUGAUGAUUUCUUCUGUGACCUGCCUCCGCUUGUUAAGCUGGCAUGUGAUGUGGAGCCCAGCUACCAGGCUGUGCUGUACUUCAUCCUGUCCUCCAACGUCAUCACCCCUUCUGUGCUCAUCCUGGCCUCCUACCUCUUUAUCCUUGUGGCCAUCCUGCAGAUCCGCUCCGCCCAGGGCCGCCUCAAGGCCUUCUCCACAUGUGGCUCCCACCUGACAGCUGUCACCCUGUACUACGGCUCCAUCCUGUUCAUCUACUCCAGACCUAGCACCAGCUACACCCUGGAAAGGGACAAAGUGGUGUCGGUGUUCUACACCGUGGUCAUCCCCAUGCUGAACCCCUUGAUCUACAGCCUGAGAAAUAAAGACGUCAAAGAGGCCCUGCGGAAAAUACCAGCUAGGGUUAAGUUCCCUUAA